GAGACCCUUCACCGCUUCCAUAGAUCCAUCCUACCAAAGGUCACAGAUCACACAAAACCUUCAGAAACAGGAAAUCAAACUUCCUGAGUCCACUACAAAACACAGAAACCUGUUUCCUCUACAUAUCUCAAAUUGGCAAAGCUCUGUCUUAGCAGAAUCAGUGUGGAAGCAGCUGUCGAAAAGGCUACAAGGACUUUAUCCCCCAAUUUCACAUGAGCUUUCUUGCUUCAAACUACUGAGAUGAAGGGAGCAAGGCUAUUUGUUCUACUGUCUAGCUUAUGGAGUGGGGGUUUUGGGCUUAGCAACACUAAGCGUACUUGGACUACACCUGAGGAUGAAAACCCCCAGAGUAAUAUGACCGCUGCUUUGGUUUCCCUAAGUAAAAUACGAAGUCUCCAAAUGCGGCCCACCACUCAGAUCGUGUCAGCCGAGCUAGCCACGACUCCUGGGACAAGAACCUCUGAAGAGAGUCUUCUAAAAUCAACACUGCUUCCCUCGGAGACAAGUGCAUCUCCUGAGGGUGUGAGAAACCAAACUCACACAUCCACAGAGAAGACAGGAGAAGGGGUGCUGAAGUUACAAACUCCUGCCCUCCAGACCAAAUCUAGCAUCAAGUUGAGUCCUGGAGCAGAAUCAGUGGUCCUUUCAGACUCUACGCUGGAAUUUCUUCAGAGCUUUACCAGAAAAUUGAAUCAACAAGCAAUUCCUCUCAAGUCACUUGGAGGCCUGGGAAAUCGAUCCCCACGGGAAACAUACCUCAGCAGAGGGGACAGCAGUGGAAGCCAAAGAAACAACUCUCAAAAAUCAAGUUUUGAAACAACUAGAGGAAAGAAUUGGUGUGCUUAUGUACAUACCAGAUUAUCGCCCACAGUGAUACUGGACAACCAAGUCACUUAUGUUCCAAAUGGGAGAGAGCCCUGUGGCUGGACCAGUGGAUCUUGUCCUCAGAGGUCUCAGAAGAUAUCAAAUGCUGUCUACAGGAUGCAACAUAAAAUUGUUACCUCGUUGGAAUGGAAGUGCUGUCCUGGCUUCAGUGGAGCUAAAUGUCAGCUAAAAGCCCAGGAACAGCAGCACUUGAUACACAGCAACCAGGCUGAGAGUCAAACAGCUGUUGGCAGAGGGACAGCCGAGCAGCAACAGCAGCAGCAAGACUGUGGUGACCCAGCAGUGACACAAAAAAUGGCUGACCAGCUGAACCACCAGGCAAUAAAAUUGACCCUUCUGCAGAAGAAGAUUGACAAUGUUUCUUUGGCUGUGAGUGAUGUAAGGAACAUGUACUCUUCCCUAGAAGGGAAAAUCAAGGAAGAUAAAGGCAGGGAAUUUCAGUCUUUUCUAAAAGGUCUAAAAUCCAAAAGCAUUAAUGACCUGGUAAAGGAUAUAGUAAGAGAACAAUUUAAAGUUUUUCAGAAUGACAUGCAAGAGAACAUAGCGCAGCUCUUCAAGACUGUAUCGAGUCUGUCAAAGGAACUUGAAAACACUAGACAAAUAAUUCAACAAGUUAACGAAUCUGUGGUUUCAAUAGUGGUCCAGCAAAAGUCUGUUUUAAUGCAAGAAAAUAGGCCCACUUUGACUGAUAUACUAGAUCUAAAAAAUCGCAUUGUGAAUAUAAGGCAAGAAAUGACCUUUACAUGUGAGAAGCCUAUCAAAGAACUAGAAGCAAAGCAGACUCAUUUAGAAGGUGCUCUAGAACAAGAACACUUACGGAGUUUUCUGUAUUAUGAAUCCUUCAACAAGACACUGUCUAAAAUGAAGGAAGUACAGGAGCAGCUUUUAUCACCUGAACAAAUAGCAGGUCAGAAGAGUAUUCCAGCUGCUGACUCAGUGAGCAGUAAUGUCACUGAGUACAUGUCUACUCUACAUGAGAAAAUAAAGAAGCAAGGCGUGAUGAUGCUGCAAAUGUUUGAUGAUUUGCACAUCCAAGACAGCAAGAUUACCAAUCUCACCAUUGCUUUGGAGAUAGAGAAAAAAUCUGUCAGGGUUGAAUGUGAAGACAUGUUAUCUAAGUGCAGAAAUGAUUUUAAAUUUCAAAUUAAGGACACAGAAGAGAAUUUACAAGUGUUAAACCAAACGUUGACUGAAGUUCUCUUUCCAAUGGACAAUAAGGUGGAUAAAAUGAAUGAGCAACUAAAUGAUUUGACUUAUGAUAUGGAGAUACUUCAACCUUUGCUUGAGCGGGGAGCAUCAGUUAGAGAGACAACGACAUAUGAACAACCAAAGGAAGCAGUAGCUACAAAGAAAAAGGUAGAAAAUCUGAUUAGUGCUGUCAACGGUCUAAAUCUUCUUAUCAGAGAACUUUCAAAAAGACACAACUUACUUAGAAAUGAAGUACAGAGUCGUGGUGAUGCUUUAGACAGACGUAUCAAUGAAUAUGCCAUAGAAAUGGAAGAUGGCCUAAAUAAGACCAUGACUAUUAUAAAUAAUGCCAUUGAUUUCAUUCAAGAUAACUACAUGUUAAAAGAGACUUUAAGUACAAUAAAGUGUAAUCCUGAGGUCCAUGAUAAAUGUACCCAAAAUAUGGAAACUAUUUUGACGUUUAUUCCUCAAUUCCAACGUUUAAAUGAUUCUAUUCAGAUUUUGGUCAGUGACGAUCAGAGAUAUAACUUUGUUUUGCAAGUUGCCAAGGCCCUUGCAGAUUUUCCUAAAGAUGAAAAAUUAAAUCAGUCCAACUUUCAAAAGAUUUAUCAAAUGUUCAAUGAAAGCACACCCCAAGUGAUAAAAUACCAGCAAAAUAUGAGUCAUUUGGAAGAAAAAAUACUCUCAGCCACAAAGAUGUCCAAAAAUUUUGAAACUCGGUUGCAAGACAUUGAGUCUAAAGUAAGCAAGAUGCUCAUACCAUAUUAUAUUUCACUUAAAAAAGGCAGUGUAGCUAUAAAUGAGAGAGACCAGGCUCUUCAACUGCAGGUAUUAAAUUCCAGAUUUAAGGCACUGGAAGCAAAAUCUAUCCAUCUUUCAAUUAACUUCUCUUUGCUUAACAAAACUCUCUAUGAAGAUUUAACAAGGUGUCAUAAUGCUUCUACAAGUAUAUCAGAACUGAAUGCUUCCAUACCUAAGUGGAUAAAAGGGUCCCUACCAGAUAGUCAGCUUCUUCGGAAAGAUCUGACAAAAUUUGUGGAAUCAAUAAUUGAAAUAAAAACUCAAAUUGCUCUAUCUAAUUUAACUCGGUAUAUAAAUCGAUCAUUGUCUGGUGGUCUUGCAAAUGUUGUCAAGCCUCAGAAGCAAGUAAAACCAUUGCAGAAGAAAGCCAAUACACUUAAGAAACCAGCAGUGAAUCUUACCACUGUCCUCAUAGGCCGGGCCCAAAGAAACACAGACAACGUUGUAUUUCCUGUAACAGAGGAGUAUUCAGACUGUAGUAGGUCCCCAUGCCAGAAUGGGGGCACGUGUAUAAAUGGAAGAACUAGCUUUGUCUGUGCUUGCCGACAUCCUUUUACUGGUGACAACUGUACUGUCAAGCUGGUGGGAGAAAAUGCGGUAGCUCCAGAUUUCUCCAAAGGAUCUUACAGAUAUGCACCAAUGGUGGCAUUUUUUGCAUCUCAUACAUAUGGAAUGACUACACCUGGUCCUAUCUUAUUUAAUAAUUUGGAUGUCAAUUAUGGAGCUUCAUAUACUCCAAGAACUGGAAAAUUCAGAGUUCCUUAUCUUGGGGUGUAUGUUUUUAAGUACACCAUCGAGUCGUUGAGUGCUCAUACCUCUGGAUUUUUAGUGGUUGAUGGAAAAGACAAGCUUGCAUUUGAAUCUGAAAAUACUAACAGUGAAAUACACUGUGAUAGGGUUUUGACUGGAGAUGCCUUACUAGAGUUAAAUUACGGGCAGGAAGUGUGGUUGCGACUUGUAAAAGGAACAAUUCCAGCCAAAUAUCCGCCUGCUACCACAUUUAGUGGUUACUUGUUAUACCGAACAUGAAUUAGUAUGAAGGCAGACUGUCACCUUUACUGAGAAGAAGCCAGUGUUUUUAUUUCUCUUUGCAUGCACAUCUGCUCUGUUUUUGGCUUUUCCACACAAAAUGAAAAUCAACUUCUUUUCUAACCUGAGUAAGGCUGUAAGUUUGUUUAUUUCAUAAAAUUAUUUGUGUAUCUCUUGCAUAACCUGUAUAAGAUGGAUUCUUGUUCCUAAAAAGAUUUAGCGGAACAGAAAACAAAGUGCAUUUGUUAGCAUAACUAUUUUUGUUUUCUCAUGUUAAGUCUUUUCAAUGUAAAGCAACAUUAUAAAAUGGCAAUCACUCAGUAUUGUCAG